AGAGGGUCUGGCUCAAGCGACCGAUGCGCCUGGGCAGUCGGGCUGGCUGGCAUUGCGUUGGCCGUGGUGCCCCCUGGUCCCUACGGAGCACUAGUGCCCACGCACCACACGCCGCGCCUGCCGGCCGCGCCGAUGCUGAGCGCGCUUGGCUUGUGGGAGGAGACUGCAGACGCCACAUCGCCCACGGACCGCGCUCAUGUUGAGGACGACUCCCUGCGCGCGCACCAGAAGGGCGAGCCUGGAGGCCCUGAGCCCGCAGGCCCAGCCGCCGAUGGCUGGAGCGUUAUCUGCGACGCCUUCAGCGACGUCUCGGCGAGCCUCAGCGAGGUGUUUGUGACAAGAGAAGCAGCCGGGGACGACUAUGAGAGAUAUGAUCGCCGUGCGGCUAGAUCCAUGCCCCCCAGGGCUUGCCGCGACAGCACGCCUCUCUCUGGCGACAGCGAGCACUGGAGGAGGGCCCGGUCGCAGGAGCUGAGCAGGGCGCAGUUGGAGGGCCCCAGCGUGGCGGGCGGACAGAUCCGCAAGAUGCUCAGCGCGCGCUCCAUCACCCCGACACCCAUGGGCCGCAGGGCCACCAGCAGGGAGGCGGAGCACGAGGAGGUGGGCCCCGUCCAGCGCGCGCCGCAGUUCACGAAGAUGCCCAGCGGGCGGCCGGGGCGGUCCGUCACCCCGCCGCCCAUGGGCCGCAGGGCCACCGGCAGGGGCCCUCCUCGGGAGGCGAAGGACGAGGACGAGGACGAGGCGGGCGACGACACUCUGGGGCCCAUGGGCCCGGCCAGCUCCUCGGGCGACGGCAAGCGGUCGGGAAGAGCCCCGGCGCCGGAGGCAGGCAGGGCGCCGCAGGAGGGCCCCAGCGUGCCCGGAAGGCGGCUCCGCACCAUUCUCAACGGCGGUCCGCCGCAGCGCUCCGCCCAGGAGGCCGCCCCGGCCCCCGUGGGCCGCAGGGACACCGGCAGGGGCCCUCCCGUCUUCGAGGCCGCAGCCACCCCCGCGGCUUUGCUGGGCGCGGGGCUCGUGGUGGACCAGGAGCCCCUGCUGGGCGCGGGCCUGCUGCCCGUGCGCACGAGGCGGGAGUCGCGGGAGUCGCAGGAGGAGAAGAGCGUGCAGUUCAGGGAGACCAACUCUUGCUUCUCUGGCGGGGGCACGAGAUACAUCGAGGACAUGUCGGACCGCCAGCAGCCGCGGCCGACCCCCCGGCGGGGAAGCGGUGGUCGGCGGCAGCGGUCGUCGCGGGGCGAGAGCGGGGAGGGGCGGGAGAGCGGUUCCGACAUCUCUGGCUCGGAGAAGGCCGGCAGCGUCUUCCAGAAGAUAUACGAGGAUCUCGCCGGCGGCGGCGCCUAGGAUUAAGUUGGAAGAUCACCCGGGCAGUGAGCGGCGUCCGCCUCCCAAUGCUGCCACUGGGCGCGCAGGCCACAGCGCGGCGCGUCGAUGGCCUGGCCCAUGGUGCGCGCCAGCGCGCGCUGCCGACAUCGAGAGGCGAAAAUCACCGAAUGGUCCUCUCUUUGGGCGCUGCCGUCUGCAGAUCCCUCGCGAUGAAAGUCUCGUGGAAUGUGCUAUAACUUUUUUCCCAGCCGCGUGGAUGUCGACCCUGGUUGAGCGGGAUGCAGUCGUUCUGGCGCCAAUUGCCGCAUGGCGUCGGCAACCUCUGCCGCUCGGGCAGAUGGAAUGGGAAGCGCGCGGUCCCUGAUACAUAAAAUGGCGCCCGGACGGCCGCCGCGGUCUGUCGCGGCCCCCCUGCGAGGCUAGGGGGGGAGCGCGAGGGAAAAGAACGCGAAUAUAAUCUAGCGCCUGCAGUCUCUCAACGACAUCGAAGGGACCUGAAGACGCGCCACACAGAGCUUGGCGGCACGGUGACGGGUUACAGGUGAAUUCGCAUCGAUAGUUGAACCUAUAGCAGGCCGAUUACAUAUAAGUUACGGAUCAGCACGACUAGUGCUCCCUCUGCCCCUUUGUCUAGCAUUCUCUUCGCCAUUGGGGUUCACCUCCCGAGUGUGAUAUCGCUGGCCGUUGGGCCUCUCGCGAUACACGGCGCGGCGCCCUCAGCCAAGUUAUAAGCUUUCUCCAGUUCGUGGGUCGCAGCACCUGCAAGGCCCACAGUAGGUUGGUUUGGUCCGAGUUGGCCACAUGGCGUGCUUCUUUUGUUUCACUUUGUUGAGCGCUGCAUUUCAGUGGGACAUAGUGAGACGCGCUGGUCUCCAUCAUUAUUGAAAAGAGCA